CUGUGAUUGGCUGCUGUCCCGAAAACCUCGGAAGUGUCAUUUUUGGGCUUGAAGCAAAACUUGGGCGCAUCUAGCGGCGGUGUGGCGGCGUCUGAGAGCUGAUUCACAACUUUCAGGACUAAAUGGCCAUCUGAAAGGAGUAAAACAGGAGGCGGGAGGAUGUCUGUGGAGGUGGACUUGUUGCUGCAGGAGGCGAAAGAAAGCAUCGAGGCGGCCCAGAACUACCGCAGUGAACUCCAGCAGCGCCUGCAUGGCCUCAACCAGGCCCGCAAACAGGUCCGGGGCAGCUCGAGUCAGGCGCGCGAGGCCCUCCGGCGGCACUUCACAGAGCUGCAGGCGGCGGCGGGUCGGCUGCUGACGGAGCGGUUGGCCACCCUGCUGGCCGAGGUGGACGCCAUCGAGGCGGACAGCGUCAAACCGCUAGAUGACUGCCAGAGCCUCAUUGAGCACGGGGUAGGCCAGGCCGACGAGCUGCUGAGAGAAGGGGAAGCAGCUCUGCGUUGUGGUCUCGGGGAGAAGGAGGACAAACUGGGCAGUUUCACCAAGAAGGCCACGCACAUCCAACUGGACAGCUUACCGGAGGUACCAGCGUUGGUGGACGUGCCAUGUGUUUCCGCCCAGCUGGACGACUCCCUGCUGAGUCUGCUGAGGGACCGGGUGUCCCGCCUUGGCUCCGUCUCCUCCCACCCGCCCGUCCAGAUAGAAGAGCUGCAGGAGAGACCAGGCAGCGUCCUGGUCCGCUGGUGCAAGGUGGACGAGGACUUUGCAGCAGCAGAUUACCGGCUGCAGUACCGGCGGUCUGGCAGCGGGGGGAGCCAGUACGAGGACGCCUACAUCGGUCGGGACUGCGAGUUCCUGGUUCUCCACCUCGACCCUCACACUGAUUAUCUGUUCAGGGUGUGCGCCCGCGGGGAGGGUCGCACCGAGUGGAGCCCCUGGAGCAUCCCACAGACGGGAUACACCACACUGGCACCGCACGAGUGGUGUCCGGGUACGGAGGGCUACAUCCUGAGCAGCAGGAGAAACAUCGCCCUUCGCAAUGACUCCUCCCAGUCACGCUGCCCCGUCCUCUACUCCAACACACCCACCUACUUCUGUGGCCAGACGCUCACCUUCAAGAUGUCUGCAGCCGGUCAGAUGGAUCGGAGGGACAGUCUGGGCGUGUGUGUGGACAGCGGGAAGGGGGUGGAGUCACUUCAGAGAGACCAGGCCGUCUGCAUCUCCACUAACGGUGCUGUAUUCGUCAACGGUAAAGAGAUGACCAACCAGCUGCCCGGCAUCACCGUGGGCUCCGCUGUGACCUUCGACAUGGAAGUUGUGAACCUGUUUCCUGUCAGCAACAACAACCUGAGCGAGGGGGGAAACUUCAAGCUGAGGGUCACCAUCGGCUCAGGGAAUCGGGAGGUAGUGUGCGAUUGGCUGGUGGACCAGGCGGUGGACUGCCUCUUCUUCGGCUGCUCCUUCGUCCACUCCGGCUGGAAAGUGCUGGUGUUUUAACCUGCUGGAGUUCAGGAGGCCGUCACACAGGCUUGGUCAUCUCCGGUUUUCUUCUUCUGAGUCUGGGAAACGAUCUGUUGAUUCUUCAACAACCGUUACCUUUCAGACAAGUUUUUCUAAAUUAGCAGCUACACAUGAUAUUCGUCACGUACUGACUGUGUCUGGGAGCGUUGCUGCCUCCUUGUGAGGAAAUAUGAUUCUCUUUGUGAAACCCUGUCAGUGUUUUCGAUCUUCUCCACUCUACAUGUGAACCAACAGAUCAUCACCCCAACAGUGAUCCUGCUCUUCUUCAGCCUUCAGGGAACCGUGUUGUGUUCGUCACAGCUUCCUGGCUUUUAGUUUGAUUCUCGGGCCUUCUGACAAGGUUGGCUAUUGUUUACAGCUUUGUUUUUUAUGUGGCAUCUUCCCUCGCUGUGGGGAAGACUUUCAGUGGGCUGUUGAUCUAUGCAUCGUCUUAAUUCAGUAAGAGUUUGACAGCCUGCCAGGACACUGUUCUUAAGAGGCCAUAAGACUAUAGAUACGUUUUUAUUUUUUAUUUUUUUUGGGAGCAGCAGGAAAUAAAAGACAGACGUGUUACAAUCUGUUAAACCUGCUGCUCUUUUUUUUAUUUGUUUAUCUUUAAAAUAACCCGUCACUGUGAAAGUCUCACCUCGCCUCGUCGUAUUUUUCUUUUGCCUUCUAAACGUGUUCAUCGGAUGUUUAAAGUUUACAGUUUGACAAAAACACAAACCGGCCUGAGUGUUAUCUGCCGCUCAUUUAAAAACAAUGACCAAAGACGGAGUUUGGUGACGUGGUGAAGCAGCGUGGGAUCAUGGGAGUUGUUGUCUUCAUGUCAGUCAGCUUCUCCUGGUUAGGAUUCCUUCAGUGUUCAUUGUUUUCACCACAGAGGUCUCCUCCUCUCCAAAACCAACCGACCCGCUGAUUAAAACUGGUAAAAACACUGAAUUCAUGUUAAAAAUCAUUGAUCAAAAUCAUCAAUUAGACAUUUAAAUAUGGAAAAGUUAGAUAUUAUACCUUCAAAUGGAUCUUGAGUUUAUUUUCCUUCAUGUCAAACUCUUGAGAUAAAUAAAGCUACUUUACUGCCUCCAUGAAGAGAAAACGGUUCAAUAGUUGAACAUGUGUGAAUUAUUAUCUUUGGAAAGAGACAUUGUUGUUGAGUUUUACAGCUUUUAGCUCCAGGCUGAAGAACGUUUUUUGUUUGAACUGUCGCCUUUAAAACAAUCCAGCUGUUACUUUGAAUUGUUUUUAGCCGUUUGCAUUGACAAUCCUAACAGUAUUUACAAAAACCUGCCGUUGUAGUGGGAGGAUGAGAGUUGAGCGUCAUGUAUGUUUGAUGGUUACUGAUAAAUCUGUGAGGAACUAAUCAGCCUCAUUCAGUCCAGUUUACACGGUGGGACUCAUCAUUACUGUAUGUGGCUGCUGUUAAUAAGAGUUAAUUAAUUAAUGUGAGGACCUGAGUUAACCUCUUCUGUCGCCGUGUUGAUACUAAAUAUUAAGAAAGAUGUUUAAACCUGAAAACAGAAUAACAAUGUUUGGAUAAAGUGGAGCUUCAGGUUAGGCAGGAUUUUAAACUAAUUUUGUGGAAUAUUUUAACUGUUUAUAACCAAACGAGAAGUGUAGUUUAUCAUUUCUUAGUAUCUGCCAUCCAGCUGUGACUUUAGAGCAGCAACUAAUGAUUAUUAUUGAUGAAUCUACCAGUUACAACUGUAAAAUGUUAGAAACUGGAGACUCAUUUUGUCCAUCCAGCAGUCAAAAACCCCAAAAUAUUCUAUUAAUAAUGAUAUAAAACGGAGAAAAGCAACAAUUUGUCACAUCUGAGUAGCUGGAAACGGAGAAUAUUUGGCAAAUUUUACUUGAAAUAUACUAACUGUGAUGAAUCCGUCAUCAAAAUUAAUUAACUAAUCGUAUCAGCUAUAGUCGGCGUAACAAAAAAUCUAUUCAGCAUCUGUUUCCAUCAAGAGAACUGCAGCUUCUGUAAUCAAGAUCUUGUUCGACUAUAAAGUCUCAUGAUAGAGGCGUCUUAUUUUGAAGGAAUAGUUUGACACUGACGACCGCUGGUCGCCAACAAAUAUCUCCAGCACGUAAACUCCUAUGACAUUUUUAAUUCCUGUUUUUGUACUGAUAAAACGAUCGAGAUGCAACAUCUUAAUUAGUUUUUUUUAAACUUUGGAUAGAGCCAGGCUAACAGUUUCCCCGUUUCCAGUCUUUAUGCUGAGCUACGCUAAUCGUCUCCGGACUCCAGCUCAGUACUAAAAAUACAAACACGUUUUCACUUCCAUCUCGUCAAAAACAGACGCUUGGUCAGUGGCCCUGCGUUUCAAACUGUGACGCUCUAGUGGCAGUUUUGUACGUAAGCUACGUAAUACCUCAGCUGCUAUGUCAGUUAAGCGUCUAAUAGUGAAGAUGGGUUUACAUUGUAGUUGAAAGCCCGGUGUGUCUCAUACAGAUGCUAAAGGCUGCAUCGGUAUGAGAAGGCGAGGGCCACUGAUCAAGAGGCGGUAUUUGGGAGUGAGAACGAGUUGAACGCAAACGUGAGCGGUUAUCAAUCGUCUCGUCUCGCUCUCAGCAAGAAAGCAUCUUUCCCAAAAUGUCAAACUAUUCUUUAACGACAACGUUAUUUGUUAUUUUGUUUUGUCAACACAUACUUUCUAGAAUUUAAAGAGCGUCUCUAACUCUGGUACAUCAGGAUGUUCCACCAUAUUUAUGUUACUCUCACGAAUGUAUUUGUCUGCUGUCAGUUUUAUUCUUUAUUAUAUUAUUUGGUCUGUCUGGUGGAGUGAAGGCCUUUAAACAAUGAUGCUGCAACGUUAUCAGUUAUUUGUUAAACCUGGUUCUAACAAUCUUAAUGUUUUUACAACAUUUCAGCUUUUCCGAUUCAGUUUUUUCCGUCUGGAUAAAAGCAGCGUCAUCGAGAACACGACACUGAAGAAAAGUCUUGUGUUCUCGACUUCUGUCUUUCCGCUGCGUUUUUUUUCCUUGUGCAAAUUUAAAAUAAAUAUUUGUUUUUGUCGUGCACACACUGCCCUCUUCUUCAGCUACCUAACCGACGUUCUGCGGAGAUGUUUCCUCGUUGUUCAGUGUUUCGUCUUUGUGGAGGACACUGGGUGGGUCCAGUUGAUGGUACAGAUCUCUUGAGAAACCAGUGAACAGAAACUUCCUGCUGAAGAAGAGUAAACUGGUGAUGGAGAGUUUGACAGUAAAAACAGUGACAUCUGCUGGUCAAACUGCUGCUUUGCAUUUAUUCUCACUGCUGUCAUCUUGGAUGUUUUGUUCAAUAAAGGUCAAAUUAUGUUAACUGAA